AUGACUGUGUUGUCAAUAUGGGAGUUGAUAAGGUUUCCUGCUCCCAUCUUUAGCUGCAAUUGUCUGAUACUAGAGACAGGAUUGAGAAAAUGGGAUCUUCCUGGGAUUGUAGGUUUGUUGAGGAGUUCCCCUUAUCUUGAGACUCUCAUUAUAAAGAUAAUUCCCACUUUCUAUCUCAAUUGGGAUGAAACUUUUGAAUAUUUUAUGGCGAAAUAUUAUUUUCAUGGAGUAGAGUACUUGGCAUCACAAGAGUCCAAUCUUCCUUGUCUUGAACAUUGCCUCAAGACAAUCAAGAUAUUUGGCUUCAUCGGCGGGGGAGAUAAAUACAAGAAGCAGAAAGCUUGGUCAGUGAAUCGUAUUCUUAGAAGGUCAAUGAGACAAGGCAUGCUAGUGAAAUUUUUGUUGAAGAAUGCUAUGGUUUUAGACAAAAUGACCAUCUAUGCCAGCAACGAACACGAGUUUAAGAUGAUUAAGAAAUGGUCUGGAGUAUUUUCAGAGGUUUCGAAGGAUAUCCUAGCUUUCCCAAGAGCGUCUUCUCAUGCGGAAGUAUCAUUUUCAUAUGCAUAGACUGGCGGAGUUAUUUGCUAUAAUACUCAAAUAUGGCAUGGACGCAGUGAUCACACCUAAAAUUGAACUACCGUAGAAAACAUGAUGGGGUACGUUGCCAAUUUUGAAUCAUUUGGGUAUCAUGGGUCAUUCGACAGAUUGGGUUUGUAUCUCCUCUUUUCAAUCUACAGAUAGUCCAUGCUUCCUGUCUCGACAACUGGUUGUGGUGGAUAAUGCAGGAGUAUGUUUUCAUCUUAGCAAUUCACUAAUGUAGGUUCUUGUAGUUAGUGAGUAGGAGAGUUGAAAGACAUGUAGUCUCUGGAAUAUCAAUUUAUCUAUUCACAUCCAAACAAUUUAUUGCCA